AAAUAACUUCAACCGUACUAUUGAAUAUAUAAAUUUCUCCCUUUCGCUUUCUUCACUUCUAACGUUGUUUCUUCCCCAUUUUCCAUCAUAUCAUAAACCGUUACUCCAAUACUUUUUAUCAAUCAUCCAUUGAUUGAUUGGAAUAAUCUACAAUCAUCUGUUGUUUUCCCUCUUCUAGGGUUAGGGUUUUUGAAUAUUUCUAAUCGUUGGGAAAAAUGUCUUUGAGACCUAAUGCUAGGACCGAAGUUCGCCGCAGUAGAUACAAAGUGGCGGUGGAUGCGGAGGAAGGAAGGAGGAGGAGAGAGGAUAAUAUGGUUGAGAUUCGUAAGAAUCGUCGAGAAGAGAACUUGCAGAAGAAGCGUCGUGAAGGGUUUCAAUCUACUUCUAAUCAAUUCUCUUCUCAACCUUCUUCUGCCGCUUUCGAUAAGAAGAUAGAUAGCCUGCCACAGAUGGUUGCUGGUGUUUAUUCUGAUGAUGAAAGUGCUCAACUUGAAGCCACUAUUUACUUUCGCAAGCUUCUUUCGAUAGAGCGGAAUCCUCCUAUUGAAGAGGUGGUUCAAUCAGGAGUUGUUCCACGUAUUGUUGAGUUUUUGGGCAGAGAUGAUUUCCCGCAACUUCAGUUUGAAGCUGCUUGGGCACUUACCAAUAUUGCUUCUGGCACAUCUGAAAACACCAAAGUUGUCAUUGAUCAUGACGCUGUCCCAAUUUUUGUAAAGCUUCUUGGUUCACCUAGUGAUGAUGUUCGCGAACAGGCUGUCUGGGCUUUGGGGAACAUAGCUGGUGAUUCACCGAAGUGCCGAGAUUUGGUUCUUGCCCAUGGUGCCUUGAUGCCAUUGUUGGCUCAAUUCAAUGAGCAUGCCAAACUGUCAAUGUUGCGUAAUGCUACAUGGACCUUGUCAAAUUUCUGUAGAGGCAAGCCACAACCAUCGUUUGAACAGACCAAACCUGCUCUUCCUACUCUUGAGAGGCUACUUCAUUCAAAUGAUGAUGAAAUUCUUACGGAUGCUUGCUGGGCACUGUCUUACCUUUCUGAUGGUACCAAUGACAAAAUCCAAGCUGUUAUUGAAGCUGGGGUUUGUCCUCGGCUUGUGAAGCUUUUGGUUCAUUCUUCUCCUUCUGUGCUUAUUCCUGCACUUCGUACUGUUGGAAAUAUUGUUACGGGUGAUGAUGUUCAAACUCAGUGCAUUAUCAAUCAUUCUGUUCUUCCCUGCCUUCUCAACCUGCUGCAUCAAAAUUGCAAGAAAAGUAUAAAGAAAGAAGCUUGCUGGACCAUUUCCAACAUCACUGCUGGAACAAAGGAGCAGAUACAGGCUGUGAUUGAGUCUGGUAUUAUAUCUCCUCUUGUCUACCUUCUUCAAAAUGCUGAAUUUGAUAUCAAGAAGGAGGCUGCGUGGGCUAUUUCAAAUGCUACUUCAGGAGGUUCCCCCGAUCAAAUAAAGUUUUUAGUGAGCCAGGGAUGCAUCAAGCCAAUGUGUGAUCUGUUAGUUUGUCCCGACCCAAGAAUUGUAACAGUUUGCUUAGAAGGCCUGGAGAUUAUUUUGAAGAUUGGGGAAUCUGAGAAGAAUAUGGGUACAACUGGAGGUGUUAAUAUAUAUGCUCAAAUGAUUGAUGAGGCCGAGGGUUUGGAUAAGAUAGAAAACUUACAGAGCCACGACAACAAUGAUAUUUAUGAGAAGUCAGUGAAGAUUCUAGAGACCUAUUGGGUUGAUGAUGAUGAAGUAUUACCCCCUGCUGAUGGUGCUGAUAAUGGGUUCCAGUUUGGUGGAAAUGAUCUUAAUGUACCGCAGGGUGGAUUCAAGUUUGGUUAAAGCUUCAACAUUUCUUAAAGACAAGGAAUCAUUGGGAGAAAUGUUGCAAUUACUUGAAGACAGGAAGAAAUGUUGCAAUUACUUGAAGACAGAGGAAAUAUGAAGAAAAAUAUUCUUGGUCAAAAUGUUCAUUAUAUUGAUUGUUAAAAACAGUAUUUGCAUGGUAUUGCGCUUGAAGGUAUAUAUGUUGAGUAUAUAAACUUGCAGGGUGGUCAGUUUGGUGGUCUUUUGAAGCCGCGAGUCCCAGUGUUGAUACAUUGUGCGUAUAUCCAGCUUGUCAUCUGUCCAGUCAGGUCUAGCCUCAACCAUGGUUGUGGUGCUUGCGCUUACUUCAGGCGGUGCUAUACACCAUCAUCAAGGGGAACACAAUCUUUUGCAGAGUCCUAGUCAAGUCGAUUCAACACAGCGAGUAGAGUCAAGCAGCUAUACAAAUUACAUGCGUCUUUUUUGAGUUGGAAAUUAUGCUGCUAAAUAAGGAUGGCCCAUCUCUCUAUAUAAUUCAUGUAUUUUUGGCCAUAUAUUAGAUAAAAAGCCCUUUUCUUGAGGGUCUAUUCUACUUAUGCUUGAUGGCAAAGUAUAUUAUUCAAGUCUGUCGGUCAAGAGUCAAGACUCGAGAAGUCGCAUGUACGGUCGUAUAAUGUUCAGUUUUGAUUAUUUUUUUAAGAUGUAAGUCCAAAUUUUAUUUGUUUAUUCAGUUUUGUCUAUACUGUUAAGUGUUAAUCGCUCUUAUUUGAAUUGCUGUCCAAUCAUCAUGCUUCGCAAUUUGUGUAAAUUUGAGAUGCUUGUACAGCAGUUUGAAUAUGACAUUAGCCAUGUUUUGCGUAUGACAAUUUGUAUAAAUUGAGUAAGCACUAUGUUUGGUGAAGCCACUCGGCUUCGCACAACAACUUGUGAGUUUUAUUGGUAAA